UGCGAUGAACUUUGGUUCUAAUCUCUGCGAUGAUGAAUGGGCCCCGUUUGCAACGUCAGUCACUACAGCUUGCGUGUCGGCCAUAUUAUGUGUAAUCACGGCUCCAGGUAACUUGCUUAUCUGUUGGGCGAUCAUCAAGGAUCCGAACAACGAGCUGAAAUCUUCGUUCAAUUAUCUGAUUCUGAACUUGGCCAUUGCGGAUUCUUUUAUUGGAGUUGUGACAGAGCCUGUAUUUGUUUGGUAUCACACCUCUGAAGCAAUGAAAUACGAAGUUCUUGGCCUUCGUUGGUUGGUUUAUAUGUCAUAUUUUAUGACUUCUACCGCCUCAGUGUUAAGCAUAGCUGCGUUAGCAACAGAUCGUUACCUCGCCUUGACUUCUACUACCAUUAGAAAACUGUCCUCUUCAAGCGCUAUUACAGUUUCCAUCGCAAUAUGGAUUUUCUCAUGCGGUUUACCUUUUCUUUAUUUCGGGACUGGGUUUUAUACGCUGGCGUUCGUUUUUGCCAAUACCACAAUAAUUCUAACUCUGAUUCUUUUAGUUUUUUAUUUUGCACGUAUUGUAAAGAGUCUAAACGCUCACGAGAAAAAAAUGCGAUCGGUUCUUGGAAUGGAGGCGCGCCGUCAAGGGCUCCACAGAGAAAAGAAAGCAACAAGAAGUUUCCUUUUUAUUUUGGUUGGUUUUUUUGUAUGCAGCUUUCCGUCUUGUGUCAUGAUAUACGUCAUUAAUUUAUGCAGCACGUGCAGCUGUGACGUUAUACACUGGUUUAGAGACCUACAGUACUUGUCAGUUCUUAUCAACUCCUCGUGUAACCAGUUUUUGUAUGCGUGGAGGAUGAAAAGUUUCCGCCGAGCUUUUAGAAGAAUUCAUCCCCUCUUCGUUUGUUGGGAAGAACAAGAGAGAAGAUCGACCGUGUCACAACUACCUUCCAAUGCCACCUGGUCGCAGUCGCACGAACAAAUGAAAAAGUGAGCGUUGCUGAAAGCUACUUUUGUGCUAACCAGCCGGUUUCGUUGACUCGUAACCAUUAUUCUAUAUACAACUU